AUGGUCGCCGCUCACGCUUCCCAUUCCUCGUCCUCCGGCGAGUGGAUCGCGUGCCUGGAUAAAAGGCCUUUGGAACGUUCUAGUGAGGAUGUAGAUAUAAUAUUCACACGGCUGAAAGAAGUGAAAGCUUUUGAGAAAUUUCAUCCAAACCUUCUCCAGCAGAUAUGUCUCUGUGGAUAUUACGAAAAUCUGGAAAAAGGAAUCACAUUAUUCCGUCAGGGUGAUAUUGGGACGAAUUGGUAUGCUGUCCUGACAGGAUCACUGGAUGUGAAGGUGUCUGAUACAAGCAACCACCAGGAUGCUGUGACAAUAUGCACUCUUGGAGUAGGAACUGCUUUUGGAGAGUCCAUUCUGGAUAACACUCCUCGCCAUGCUACCAUUGUUACCAGGGAACACAGUGAGCUCCUUCGAAUUGAGCAGAAGGACUUCAAAGCACUUUGGGAGAAAUAUCGACAAUAUAUGUCUGGACUUCUCACUCCUCCUUAUGGUGUUAUGGAAACUGGCUCCAACAAUGACAGAAUGCCAGAUAAAGACAGUAUGUCAAGCAGUGCUCUUUGCCAAGUUUCUAAAAAUUGUAGUAAGACACCUCUUAUUGAUCCUCCCAUCCCACAUCAUCCUACUAAAACCAUUACGCAGGUUCCUUCAGAAAAGAUCCUUAGAGCUGGAAAGAUUUUGAGGAAUACAAUUCUGUCCCGAGCUCCUCACAUGAUAAGAGAUCGUAAAUAUCAUCUGAAGACUUACAGGCAAUGCUGUGUGGGGACAGAACUAGUUGACUGGAUGAUGCAGCAAAGUCCUUGUGUCCAUUUACGAACCCAGGCUGUUGGCAUGUGGCAAGUACUGCUGGAAGAAGGUGUUCUUAACCAUGUGGAUCAGGAACACCAAUUUCAAGACAAAUAUUUAUUUUAUCGAUUUUUGGAUGAUGAGCAUGAAGAUGCCCCUUUGCCAACUGAGGAAGAGAAAAAGGAGUGUGAUGAGGAGCUACAGGAUACUAUGCUGCUUCUCUCUCAGAUUGGGCCAGAUGCUCAUAUGAGGAUGAUUCUCAGGAAACCCCCUGGCCAGAGAACUGUAGAUGACUUAGAAUUUAUAUAUGAAGAACUUCUCCACAUUAAGGCCUUAUCUCAUCUUUCUACCACAGUAAAACGAGAAUUAGCAGGUGUCCUCAUUUUUGAGUCACAUCCCAAAGCAGGAACAGUCUUAUUUAAUCAGGGAGAAGAAGGUACUUCUUGGUACAUUGUCCUCAAGGGAUCAGUAAACGUUGUCAUUUAUGGCAAGGGUGUGGUAUGUACUCUACACGAAGGAGAUGAUUUUGGCAAGUUGGCACUCGUGAAUGAUGCUCCCAGAGCAGCAUCCAUUGUUCUGCGGGAAGACAACUGCCACUUCUUGAGAGUAGACAAGGAGGACUUCAACAGGAUCCUUAGGGAUGUGGAAGCAAAUACAGUAAGACUCAAAGAACACGACCAAGAUGUCUUGGUGUUGGAGAAGAUCCCAGCAGGAAACAGAAUUUCUAAUCAAGGAAAUUCACAGCUGCAGCACAAGUAUAUUGUGAUGUCAGGAACCCCAGAGAAAAUUUUAGAGCACUUUCUAGAAACUAUGCGCCUUGAAGCAACUUUAAAUGAAGCAACAGAUUCUGUUUUAAAUGAUUUUAUUAUGAUGCACUGUGUUUUUAUGCCAAAUAGCCAGCUCUGCCCAGCCUUGAUGGCACACUAUCAUGCCCAGCCUUCUCAGGGUACAGAGCAGGAAAAAAUGGAUUAUGCUCUCAACAAUAAAAGGAGAGUCAUUCGACUGGUUCUGCAGUGGGCCGCUUUAUAUGGAGAUUUACUGCAAGAAGAUGAAGCAGCAAUGGCCUUUUUGGAGGAAUUUUAUGUGUCUGUAUCAGAUGAUACUAGAAUGAUUGCAGCACUAAAGGAACAACUUCCAGAGCUAGAGAAAAUUGUAAAGCAAAUUUCUGAAGAACCUAAAGCAUCACAGAAGAAGCACAAAGUUCUUCUGCAGCUGUUCAACACAAGUGAUGACAGAACACAGAAACGCCAGCCUAUCAGGGGUGGUGAUGAAGUUCUGUUUAAGGUGUACUGCAUAGACCAAACCUACACCACUAUCCGUGUGCCAGUGUCUUCCUCUGUGAAGGAGGUGAUCAGUGCAGUAGCAGACAAGCUGGGCUCUGGAGAAGGCCUCAUCAUCGUAAAGAUGAGUUCAGGAGGAGAAAAGGUUGUGCUCAAGCCUCACGACGUUUCAGUGUUCACCACUCUCAGCGUUAAUGGCCGGCUGUUUGCUUGCCCACGGGAUCAGUUGGAUUCAUUGGCACCAUUGCCAGAACAAGAAGGACCAUCUACUGGUACUGUAGGAACAUUUGAACUGAUGAGUUCCAAAGACUUAGCACAUCAGAUGACAGUUUAUGACUGGGAGCUCUUCAACUGUGUGCAUGAGCUGGAAUUGAUCUAUCACACUUUUGGAAGGCACAAUUUUAAAAAGACCACAGCAAAUCUGGACUUGUUUUUAAGAAGAUUCAAUGAAAUUCAGUUCUGGGUGGUCAGCGAGAUUUGUCUUUGCUCUCAACUCAGCAAGCGUGUUCAGCUGUUAAAGAAAUACAUUAAGAUAGCAGCCCACUGUAAAGAAUACAAAAAUUUGAACUCCUUUUUCGCUAUUAUUAUGGGACUGAGUAAUGUUGCUGUGAGCCGUCUCUCAUUAACGUGGGAGAAACUCCCAAGCAAGUUCAAGAAGAUCUAUGCAGAGUUUGAAAGCUUAAUGGAUCCAUCAAGAAACCAUAGGGCCUACAGACUAACCGUAGCUAAAUUGGACCCUCCAAUAAUUCCUUUCAUGCCGCUGCUUAUAAAAGACAUGACAUUUACUCAUGAGGGAAACAAGACAUUCACUGACAAUCUAGUAAACUUCGAAAAAAUGCGCAUGAUUGCCAACACUGUCAGGACAGUGAAAUUCUGCCGAAGCCAGUCUUUCAAUCCUGAUGCAGCCCUAACUAAUAAAAACCAUCAGGAUGUUCGGAGCUACGUGCGGCAAUUAAAUGUGAUUGACAACCAGAGAACUUUAUCACAGAUGUCUCACCGACUGGAACCGCGCCGAGCAUAA